AUGCACGCGUUUCAGUGUCGAGGAAUAGCUCGAAGAAAAACAUUUUUGUCCUGCCGUGCCGAAUUAAAAUUAGCUUCGAAUGCCAUUUUCUUUAAAAAAAAUUCAAUUUUAUAUUUUUUAUUAAUGGCUUUUUACCCUGAUGAACUUUCACCUAUUGAACUGAAUAAUAAUUUUGGAAAAUUGUGCGAUUCAUCGGAUUUAUUAAAUGCAUUGAAAAAUCGAAAACAACGGAAAUCCGGUUUUAUUGGAAAAAAAGAUAUGGCGAUGAGUAGCUUUGCCACAAUCACAGAAGAGAAAGAAGAAGAAAUAUCAAACGACGGUAGCAUAAAUGAACGAAAUAAAAAUAAUAAUAAUAAUAGUAAUUAUUUAAACGUAAAUACAAAAUUAAACAGUGGGUUAAUUCAAAAUAAAAAAAUUAUAUUUCCAAAACCGAAGAAAUAUAUCACGACUGCUCGGAUAGUACAAAAAGAAAUAGGAAAUUUAAAAGGUGAACUUAAUUGUGACGAACCUGAUAGUAAAAUGACUCGACCCUCAUCUCAAGACUCUUGUGACAACACAACGGAAACGGAAAGAAAUUUAAAUUCGGACACUGAUUUAACUGAUGUAAAAAGUAAUCAUGAUUCGAAACAGAUAUUAAAAAAUAAAAACAAUCCAUUAGAUAAUUCAAAAAAUAAAAAUAAAAAAUUUUUUCAAAAUUAUAUGCUGCCGGAAAUUCCCAUUGAAUCACAAUGGAAAAAAGUUGUUUUUGAGCCUUCGUCCGGAAUAAGUAGGCCAAAAUGUAGGGUAAGAAAACUCGAUGAUUCGAUACCUUCUAGUGACGUCGAACAAAGUAAAAUGGAAAAUAAAAAGAAAAAUAUAAAUUUAUCUAAAUUGAAAAAUAAUUCCGAGUCGCUUAGGUUGAACAAUGAAAAUAAAAAAAAACAGGGAGUUAUAGGAAAGGAAAGAGGAGCGACGACAACAUCGUCUACGACAACCCUUAAAAAAACAAACGAAGAAUCAAACGUUGAUAAUAAAAGGAAAAGAAAAACAAACAAACAUCAAAGAAUUGAAAAAAAAUCGUUUAACAUGAAAGACGUUGUCAACGUGUAUAAAAAUUUAGCUUACGGAUCCGAACGGGAAAUAAAAUCCUUCGUUGAAAAUCUAUCGUUUGUUAAAGAUGAAAAGAUACCGGAAAAUGAUAAAAAUUUAUUAUCAGUCAUGAAUUUGAAAGUUUUAGAAAAUAAAAUAAAAAGAUUUGCUAAAAAUAAUGGGCAAAAUCAAAAAAAUAAUAAACUUUCCGCGAAGGAAAAAAUUAAAAGAAAAAAAACAGACAAGAGUACCAAGAAAAAUCGGAAAGCUCACAUUGAAAGAUUAGCAAGACACAAAAUCAUUAAGGUACCCGCGGUGUCGAACAAUUGUUAUCCAAACAGGAAAACAUCCAAUGGUGAUGCCUCCGUAGCCGCCGUCGCGGAUAAAAUAAUAUCAUCUGAACGGAAAAGACCAGCGGGAUCCGAUGAAAAAGAACCUUGGAAAUAUGUCGGGAUGCAAAGCAUUCUGGAUAAAUCAUAUUUAGUGUAUCCGGCUUAUCCCCGCUCAAUAAAUCUCGGUAAAAAUUUUAAAAAGGUCAAAAGAUCACCAAUCGGAACGAAAAACACGGAAUCAAAUUUUAAAAUAAACAAGGGUUUUCGGGAUCUCGAAAAAAUAUCGUCGAAUUCUUUAUCACGGGAAUCGAAGGCAUCGAAAAAUCUCAGAGUUGGGAAAAUGGCCGACAAAAGAACCUCAAAAACUAAAACGUUUUUAACGAAUGAUAAAAAAUAUACAAAAACCGUCGACACUCGUCAAUUGAAUAAAACGGUAAAUCGUUCUUCGGCGACCACAGUUUGCACCGUUGAAUUUCAACCCUCUAUGGCCCAGGGAGGAUUUCAAAAAAAAAAUUUCCCCCCAAAAGAAUCGGAAAAAAUGAAUUCGAGUUUACUUUUUUAUCUUCACGGCGCUAAAGCCAUUAACGUUAAAUCUCCUUAUUCGGAUCGACAAUUUUCCCGAGUGAAAUUUUUUCGUAAAGACUCAAAUGGGACUUCGCCACUAAUAAAAGGAUUAAUUCAAAAAGAUGCCACUAAUAAUAAUAAUAAUAAUAAUAAUAAUAAUAAUAAUAAUAAUAAUAAUAAUAAUAAUAAUAAUAAUAAUAAUAAUAAUAAUAAUAAUAAUAAUAAUAAUAAAAAUAACGGUAAAUAUUUUUUAAAAAAAAUUAGCCUUCCCUACGAUGGGAACGAAAUCAGACGAUCAUUUGAUUCAAUUAAUUUCGACGAAGAUAUUCAAAAUAUAACCGAUUUUAUGAAUUAUAAAAAUUUUACGGAAUAUCGGAAAGAAAUUCCGAGUCGGAAAAUUCAAAAAAUCGGAUCCGUGGUAAAACCAAUAAAAACUGGAGGAGGGUGUUUACCACAAUCGUGGAUAUCUUCAGUUCCAAAUAAUCAUUAUCAACAUUAUCAUCAUCAUCAUCAUCACAAUCACAAUCAUCAUCGUGAUGAUGAUGAGCAGCACCCUCCUAGAUUUUCGGUUUCUCUUUUGAAUCGUGACGAACCACGUGACGAUAAUGAAACCCUUUCUCCAGAUUCAUUUAUGAGAGAAAUAUCGAAAAACGUUGAACAUUUUCAAUAUUUACCGGAUACGGAAAAUAAUAGAAAAGUAAUAAGUCAAUUUUUCAAAGAUUUGGAAAACAAAAUUGAAAAAUCAAAAAAUAAAAACUUUGAGGGGGGAUUCGAAUUAAAAGAUAAUAAUAAUUAUUCUUAUAUUAACGGUACUAAUUGGCCGAUUCCCAUAAUGGGUUAUUAA